CCCCGCGCGUCAUCUGUUUCAUCCGGGACCUUCCAGGCGGCGCAGGCGCAGUGUUAACCUCAACCUUAAUUUCGCCAGCAAAUUUCUGCCUAUUUUAUUUGCCUUUCACCUCACCCUGUGUUAAUUGAAGCUACCAGACUCCCGUGUGGUUUCUGAUCCUCACGACACAUCCAGCCACAUCCUUUGUCAUCAGCUUCCAAGUUACUGAGGUGGUCCACUAUCGGAUACGGGAUCACCAAACAUGUCGGUGCUAAACAUAAGUGAGGAUAUGGUGGAGUGCCCCCUUUGUAUGGAGCCUCUGGAGAUGGAUGACCUGAAUUUCUUCCCCUGUACGUGUGGCUACCAGAUAUGCCGUUUCUGCUGGCAUCGGAUUCGGACAGAUGAGAAUGGUCUGUGUCCAGCUUGUCGGAAAGCGUAUCCUGAGAACCCUGCGGACUUCAAGCCUUUAUCGCAUGAAGACCUUCAGCGAAUAAAGCAAGAAAAACGGCAGAAGGAUGCCCAGCGGAAACAGAAGGUGACCGAGAACCGGAAGCACCUAGCCAACGUGCGGGUAGUCCAGAAAAAUCUAGUGUUUGUGGUCGGCCUGUCUACUCGGUUAGCUGAUGCUGAGACCUUAAAAAAGCAAGAUUACUUUGGAAAGUUUGGGAAAAUCCAUAAAGUUGUAAUAAACCACAGCACCAGUUAUGCAGGGUCUCAGGGGCCAAGCGCAUCAGCCUACGUUACUUACCAGCGGGCAGAGGACGCCUUGAGAGCAAUCCAGGCCGUUAAUAACAUCCAUGUAGAUGGGCGGACCUUGAAAGCCUCCCUUGGUACCACUAAAUAUUGCUCCCAUUUUAUGAAGAAUCAACAGUGCCCCAAGCCUGACUGCAUGUACCUUCAUGAAUUAGGAGAUGAAUCGGCAAGCUUUACGAAGGAGGAAAUGCAACAAGGGAAACAUCAGGAGUUUGAGAAGAAGCUUCAGGAUCAAUACUUAGGAAGUCCAGGGAACCCAGCAACUGAAAAGACUAAUACUCCAUCUCCACCAACUCAAACCAACAACUCAGGAAGUGGAGGCUCAAGUAAAAAGGGUUCAUCAGGCGGGGGGAAGGAGAACAGCGCCCCCAAGAACCAGCAAGACCCCCACGGCUCGGCCCCCAGCACAGGGGAGGCCUGGCCAUCCCUUAGUGCGACGGCCCCGAAGGAAGGGAAGAAGUCUAAAUCCAGCAGAGGAGACAGAAGUAACGGCUCAGCAAGACACACUCCAACAGAUGAACACAAUAAUAAUAAUAAUAACAGUAAUAAUAAUAAUAAUUCUGUUAGUAAAAGAGGGAGUAAAGAAAGGUCAAACAACUCAAGCAGCAGCAGCAGCAACAGUAGUAACAUCAGCACAAAUGGUAUUAGCGGCUGCAGCAGUAAUGGCCUGGGGGUGGACAUGAUGGGCCACAGUGUAAGUCCUGUGGCCACGUCCUCGCCAUCCUCGGGCCAGGAGAGCUGCACCUCCUCCGCCUCCACCACUCCUCCCCCACCAUUUGACGGUCCCAUGAUUCCCUCCUCUCCUCUCCCCUGCUCCUCCUCCCCAGUACCGGUGUCAUGCGUGCAAGGGCUGUGCCAAGACGACUCCUCUCCCUUGCCUACCCCUCCUUCGUCCCUCUCGUCCUCCUCAGAACCUUCCUCCUCCCUCCCCUUACCACAACAGUUAUCCCGGUCAUCUGCUGCUGCCUCCCUCUUCUCUGACAACAACAACAGCUUCUUCUCCUCCGGCCCAGCGCUUUCCCUUCAAAGAACAUCCCCUCCGCUUCCUCCAGCCUCUACCUCCCCUCAGCAACAUCAACAUCAACAUCAACAUCAGUCAAAGCACCAAAAUCAACAGCAGCAGCAACAGAAUCAACAUCAGGCACAACAGACACAGCAGCUGCAACAACAGACACAGCAGCCACAGUCCUCCCAGUCACAUCACAGCAACCCGGCCACCAGUCAGCAGCAUACCCACGGCACCACACCAGAUUGGACCAGCAAACCAUCAGAAGUCUUUGACAUGGACAGUGUGUUUCCAUCUCAGAGCCACACAAACGGCACCUGGAACAGUAUAUUUGAUUUUGAAAAGAGUGACGACCUUCCAGUCAGCAGUAAUUUUGUAGAUGACGAACUAGGUUUCGAUCCAUUUGAAGAAACUAACAAAGCAUUGGCCGAAGACAUAAAAAUAGAACAGAAACAACAGCAACUUCGAAACCAGCACCAGAUAAACCACCACCACCCACACCACCAUCAUCACCACAGUCAACUACAGUCCCAGCACCAGCAGCAUCAGCAGUUGAGAGCAGGUAUUAAGUCACUGAUGGACUACUCUUCCAGCGGACAGUCCCGUGCUCGGUUACCUCCUCCCGGUUUUAAUGGUCUGAGUAGCUUUAAUUCUUACGGGAUGCCCAGACAGAGCCAGCCUGAGCCCAGUAAGCUGCUUCCUCCCUUCCUCAGUGGACUGCCUAGCAAUCCUUCCUUGGGCACAGCAGGUAUUGGCUCUGGCCCCUCUGUUCCUCCACCCAUCAACGGCAUGGUGGGAUCCAAUGGCUUGGGCGUACCUCCAGGCCUGGGUGGAAACCUCUUGGGCGGCAAUAACUCUGGCGGGCUGGGAAGCGGUGGCCUGCCCGGAGGCAUGGCCAAUAGCAUGCCUCAGCAUUUGCUCACCCCUCCCUCCCUUCUGAACAUGGACACACCCCUCAGUGCCUCUCAAGGUCCACCUGGUAUAGGACUCCCUAAAGGUGAUGCGUUCCUUCUCAAAGACUUAGAGAACGGCCUCCGUAGCAUCCUGCCGACCAUAAGUUCCGUCAGCACCAUGAACACCCUCAACACGGUCAACACGCUGAACUCCCUCGCAGGCGGAGCAAACAACCAGACAUCACAGAACAAUCCUCUUACAAACUUCUUGAACAUGGCUCACCAACACCAGCAGCAACAACAGCAACAGCAACAACAGCAGCAGCAUCCUUCACAGCAGUCCCUCCUUCAUCAACUUACCAUGAGCUCUCUAGCAAACUCCCACAAAGGAUGGAGCAACAGCGGUGCCCCAGAUCUGACGGUACUUGACCCAGCAAUUGUGUCUUCUGGCCAGCUGACAGACUCUCGCUCAGAUUCUCCUCCCCAUUGGAUGAAAACAAUGGAGCAGCUCACAGAGGCAGGUCCUCAUCCCCUCUGGAACAACUUAAUCCCAUACAACCUUCCUUCCUCUGGCUUGCCAACUGGUUUGGGUCCCCACACAGGCCAGUCGGGUCCCGCGGCUCCCACACAGCGCUCCGUGGCUCCCAUGUGGCCCCCAACCUCUCCACCACCAGGCUUCAACUCCAUCUCCCCCCUUCACCACCCCAAACAGCACGAACCACACAAGAUCGAGAGUAAGUGCUGAGUGAAAUCCUCAAAGAUCUCUAAUGGCAGUAAAUGGACAGACUUUUAUUGUGUGUGAAUGAAGAAGAACUACAGAAGAGUAUAAUAUAUUGAGCUCCAGACCCCAUGUCAUCCUGUUCAAAACUAUUUAGGGGAACAAACCUCAAAUUCAUAUAGCCACUUUCAGAUGCAUUGUUUAGAAGAAAAAACGGUAGAAGGAAAGUAGAAUUUUUCUGUAAUACGAUCUGCAUUCUGUGAACCCUCUUAAGGUCUUUUUUAUAUGUUUAAAUAUAUUGGGAUUAAUAAAGAGGAGUUAGAUAGGCUCCAUUUUUAACAGUUUAUUUUAUCUACUGAGGCUUUACACUUUCCCUUUGCUGUUUUUGGCAGCCUGUUUAACCUGCAUGCAUUCAGAGUCGUUUUCUUCCAUUAUUAUCUUGAUUUGUGAUAGCAUUGCACCUGGCAGAUGGCAUUCUUGCUAUAUCUCUAGCUAAUAGCUCUGGGAGAAGUUGGGCAUACUUUAUAUUUUCUCCACUUCAGUAUUAAAUUGUAUUACACACCUCAGCAUAGUUUGAGUUAUAUUGUUGAAGCAUUUUGUGUUCUCAAAAGGUUAACCAAGUGUUUAGCUCCUGAGAACACCCUGAAGCAGGAGUGAAGGACAGCUUGUUAAGAAUAACCACCAGGAGUGCUGGCAUCAGAUUCUUGCUGGCAACAAAUGGUUCUUACUUAAUUUACAUAUCAUUUUGAGCUUAUAUUAGACUGAUGAUUAACAUCCCUAUAGGUCACUUUUUACCCUCAACACUCAAGCAAUCUGGAUGAAAAGUGUAUAUGUUGAAUUUAUAUACAUGAAUUACAUGGAAAUGUAUACACUUGCUCACUAUCAUAAUUAUGUCAAGAGUCAUUCUACCACCAUGUUGCUGUUCCAUAAUAUACACACAAACAUUUGUUCCCUUGGUAGCCAGCAUUCAUGUGUGUAUUGACUCAUGUAUUUGAAGUUUGAUAUUCAUGUCUGUGCUAUUUAUCGAUGCUUUGUACUACAAGACAAGUCUCUUCCCUUUUUGGCAAAAGGAUUAGCACUGCCUCCUCUCCAUGAUUCCAUAAGCAUUGCAGACUGUUAUCUCCCCAACCUCUUCUGGAUUUAUUUAUAUUUUUUGGCAUACAUAUAUAUACAUAUAUAUGAUAUAUAUAUAUUCUACACAUCUAGUUUUGUUGGAGUAUGGUCAUAUGGAUGCACUGCUCCCAGGAAGUGGUGGUCUUCCCUGCUGCCAUUAUAAACUAUAAUGUACUGCUCCAUAACCCGAGUGUGGUCACGUUGGUGUGCUGGAGAAAAGUUUUAUAUAAGAGUGAAGAGGGAGUGCUGUUAUUGAGCUGAGGUGCCAAGGCGCAAGGUGGGCCGAGGCAACAUCUAUGGGAUAUCUGAUACCACGGUAUAUUCUAGGAAAACAUUCAACCAAACAUUCUAAUCUGAAAAUAAAACUGAAAACCUA